CAGGAGUGCGGUGGCCUUGGGGACAUGCCCGGUUCCUUCGUACCUACGGUGACGGCCAUCACCACCAGCCAGGACCUUCAGUGGUUGGUCCAACCCACCCUCAUCUCCUCGGUGGCCCAAUCACAACCUCCAGGAGCAGCACCCAUGGCUCAUCCUCAACCCAACCCCCCAGUAGAUCCCUACGACCUUCCAGGACCAAGUUACUCCACACCAGGGAUGGGUGGUGGCUUCACCACGGCUUCGGCGGCGGCCCCACCAACGCGUCCUACACGUGCCCGAGCGCGGCGGAGCCGGGAGGAGACGGGGAGGGGUGGGUUGACACCAGAGGAGGAGGAGAAACGUCGGGUGAGACGAGAAAGGAACAAGUUGGCGGCGGCCAAAUGUCGGAACCGGCGCCGGGAGUUGACCGACCGGUUGCAGGCGGAGACGGAUCAACUGGAAGAAGAAAAAGCCGAGUUGGAAUCGGAGAUCGCAGAACUCCAGAAGGAGAAGGAACGUCUGGAGUUCGUUUUGGUGGCCCACGCUCCAGCUUGUAAACACCCUUAUGAAGAUAUCGGUUCCUUGGGUGCCGGUCCCACCGUUGAGAGGGAACCACCUGUGGAGCUUCACAUCAGCGGAGCAGCAGCAGCGACCAGUCCUCGGACUCCUUGA